AUUUCAACUAGUUCAAACUAUUUAGGCGCGCGCGGCAGCAUUAGGCUGGUCUCCGAGACUUUUAAUCAUUAUAUAUAAUACAGUGGCUUGUUUAUUUAUUUAAGUAUUUGAUACAGUAAUGGCUACUCCUCCAAAGAGAUAUUGUUCAAGCCUUGACGCUGACAUCAGUUUCGAAAAAAGGGCAUUAAAGAUCUCAAUAGAGGGAAACAUUGCGGCAGGGAAGUCAACUUUUGUGCGUUUGUUGGAGCGGGCGUCAGAGGAAUGGGAGGUCAUACCAGAGCCUAUUGGGAAGUGGUGCAAUGUUCAGACUUCAGAGAACGAGUAUGAGGAGCUCAGCACAUCCCAGAAGAGUGGCGGCAACCUGCUGCAGAUGUUAUAUGACAAGCCCAGCCGCUGGUCAUACACUUUCCAGACCUACGCUUGCCUGAGUCGUGUCCGUUCACAGCUUCAGCCGCCUUCUGCCAAACUUCAGCAGGCAGAGCAACCGGUGCAGUUCUUUGAGCGUUCUGUCUACAGCGAUCGAUACGUGUUUGCCUCUAACCUCUUUGAGUCUGGUGAUUUGAAUGAGACCGAGUGGGCCAUUUAUCAAGACUGGCAUUCGUGGCUCCUCACUCAAUUUGAGUCUCAGAUUGAGCUGGAUGCCAUGAUCUAUCUUCGUGCUGAUCCCGAGAAGUGCAUGCAGCGUCUUCAGUUCAGAGGACGAGAGGAGGAGCAAGGGAUUCCUCUGGAUUACCUGGAGAAGCUGCAUUAUAAGCACGAGUGUUGGCUGUACAAUCAGACCACAAAGUUGGAUUUUGAGUAUCUUAAAGACCUUCCGAUAUUGAUCAUGGACGUUAACGAGGAUUUUAAAAAUGACAGAAUUAAGCAAGAAGGUAUCCUUGAUAAGGUGAAGGAGUUUUUGAGGACCAUCUAGAUUACCAUUUAUCACUCUGGAUUUAUGUGUGGACAUCAAUGAAUUUGUGAUUUUAUUUAACUUGUUUUAAGCUGAUUUCAUAUUUGGCUUGUACAUAUGUAUCUUGUUGUAUAAUAAAACAUCAUUUUUAAAAAAGCUCUGUUAGGAAAACAUUUGGAGAGAUUGUUUUUUUUUUUACGUGCAGUUUGUGAUGUGAUCUGAAGACUGUUCCGUAAGAGAAAAGUCAACAGGUAAAAUCUUACAGGAUUCCCAACGCCAUGGAAAACCUAGAAAUGUCAGCGUUUACUAAAAAAAGACAUGGAUAUGAGUGAUAUCCUGAAAACCUAAAAUUACUAAUUGUUAUUCUCUGCUAUUAAAUAUUUUGUCUGUUGGUUAUAACUGUAUGCUAUGCUUUGCGAGUGAAACCUGUAAAAUGGUAUUUUAACAAGGGAUCUUUUCUCUAAUUACAAGCUACUGGAAAAGGUAAACGUGUGGGAAGGAUAUGUGCUUGAACAGAGGGAGAAAAAUAAGAGGGCUUUAUGACCAUUCAUUUCUGCAGAUUUAGACGAUUCUCUCCACUUUGUUUUAUGAUUAGUUGCCCAAACUCUUGCUCCUGUAAUAGAGGCUGUCAGAACGCUGACUCACUCAGCGAUGAGAAAGUGCUGGUUCAUCCUCGUAAUUAGGCAUAAUAUUCAGCGUUCGUGGUCAAUGUGGGCAACCCAUUGAAGACUGGUUUUCUGGUUAAUUUUGUAUAAUUUAAUCAGGUUAAUAUUAUUUCUCCCAUUUUAACCUUUAAACCUUACAAUUAUCUGUGUAUAUCGUAAACGUUGAGCAGAUGCGUGACUGUUUAUAAAUGGCUUAAAUGUCAAA